AUGCACUAUUCAGGACUCUCCGCGGAGUCGUUCCAGAGUGGUAUUUAUAUUGUAGAUCAGCAGGAGAGCGAAUCUAGGAAUGUCGAAGAAACCUCUGAAGGAACCAAGACGAACAUCCUAUGGCCACCCGUCGUCGAGCCUCCAUGUGACGCAAACAUGGUCAACAGGCAAUCUGUCUCAGUGGACAGACAGUUUGGGUUCGGAUAUUACCGUGCUUGUUUUUCGAUGAAAACUGGAAGAUUGAGGUUGACCGGUGCAUGCAAAGUCCCAGCCCCAAGCCCUGAAACAACCAUGAGGGUCACGAAGCCCCAUUUUUACAAGGUAAACUCUGGUGCCUUGCAGUCAAACAACAGCUCAACCAGUCUCUGUACGACUGAGGAGUCAGCUUUGGGUGGUAUACCUGCCCCCGCCUAA